GGACGACCACAUCAAUAUCCCAAUGACAUUCAGCAAUGUGACAUUCCCAACUCCCUAGUUCCCCUUCCCAACCAGUGAAUUCCAAACAUGUCUCCAUCCUCCGAACUCGACCCUUUACUCCCGAACGAUCCUCCCGCUCCGGAGAUUCAAGGCUACAGUGACAAGAGACCUGGAAACACAUACUACGCCACAGUCUCUCCAGCCUCAUCACUGCCAUAUAAUACAAUCUAUUAUCAAGGCAAAAGCCCAGUAGCAGAAGAAGAUGAAGAAGAUGAUGAAGGCAUUGCAUCAAGCGCCAGAUCGGCCAUCAGCACCUUGGGCUCCAUCUUCACAAUUGUCGUAUUCUUCGCCUUCGUGGUGACUUUGUUAGGCCCUCUGAUACAAGACGAGCCAGAGACAAGUCCUCGGAUCCCUCCUAGACCAAUCAAAACGAUCGAGGACAGGGUCACAGCCAUCCUGGACGGCACCCCAUUGAUUGAUGGUCACAAUGAUCUAGCCAUCUUUAUUCGAUGGAUGUACCAGAACAAGUUGCAUGGAGACUUCAAGGACAAGUUUGAAUCUGGUGGUGCUGGCGGCGAUGUUGAUCUUCCUCGUCUGCACAAAGGCCAAGUUGGAGGCUCCUUCUGGAGUGCCUUUGUCGCAUGUCCAGAUGACGCCAGCGAUGAUUUCUCCGACGAGACCUAUGCCUCAUCCGUCUCACGUACACUCGCACAAAUUGAUGUGGUACGUCGCAUUCAGGCCCAAUAUGCGACCAACUUUACCCCUGCUACGAGUUCCCUCUCAACUGCAUUGACUAAUUUUCAUGCAACAAAAUCACUCAUCUCCCCUAUCAGCAUCGAAGGUUUGCACCAAAUUCCCCAGUCAGCACCUCUAUCCACCCUCCGUUUGUAUUAUGCUUUGGGCGUCCGGGCGGCUACUCUGACCUGGAAUUGUCACAAUGCUUUCGCCGAUGCCGCCUUGAUCACUUCACGGGGAGAGACAACCAUCGCUCCCUAUCAUCGAGGGGGGCUCACUCCUGCGGGAAGAGAGGUUGUCCGUGAGAUGAACCGACUCGGGAUGCUCGUGGACAUCUCACAUACCUCGUACUGGACACAGAAGGCCGUUUUGAGCAACAACACGUCUGCAGCCCCGGUGAUAUUUUCCCAUUCUUCUGCAUUUACACUCUGUGAACACCCAAGAAAUGUCCACGAUGACAUCCUCGAUCUGGUCAAGGAAACCAAGAGUCUCGUGAUGAUCAAUUUUAGCCCUGGAUUCAUUUCAUGUCUCGCACCCCCGAACUCUUCGGUCCUGCCUGAGUUCUACGACAAGAAUAACACCUUACACCAGGUCGCAAGACACAUUAUUUACGUCGGAGAAAAGAUUGGAUACGACUACGUGGGGUUAGGGAGUGAUUUUGACGGAAUGGGAGAUCUAACUCCCAGAGGUCUAGAAGGGGUUGACAAGUACCCAGACCUGAUCGCUGAGCUCCUAAGGUUGAAUGUCUCGGAUAAAGAUGCAGGCAAAAUUGCAGGAGGUAAUCUUCUGAGAGUGUGGAAGACCGCCAACGCCAUUGCUCUGAGCCUCCAGGAGAAGACAUUCGAGGGCGAGGACGAUGUCACUGGGUUCUGAGCAAUAGAUGUAUAUAUGGGUCUUAGGAAUGGGAGAUCUGGUGUUUGGUUGUUUCAUAUGAUGGAGCUAGAGUUUGUUAUACAAGACUGGUCAUCAUAAGACCCUGUCUCCUCGGGACAGUAAACCCAUGCCAUGAAAUAGAUG